GGCGAGCUGGAGGGAGGACGAGCAGGCGCCAGGAGGGGUUGGUGGGGGGGCGCCAUCUGAAUAAUUGAGGAGCUGUUCUGCUCAGCAGCAGCGGCUGCCUACUGCCUUCCUCUGCCGCCACCACCACCUCCCAUCCCAGCUGGAGAGACAGCCCCGCGCUGUAAGUGCGGACGGCCAGCCACCAGCCUCGGCAGCUAGCCGGUCGCCUCCAGCCCCCAAGCCGACAUUCAUGCCCAGGAGAAGGCUGCAUUGGGUCCCUCUGGACCUUUCCUAAAAGGGAGAUCCCUGUUCACUAGAUGAGUUCCAGAACCAUCCACUAAGGCUUUGUAGCCCCCUUUCAUCAGCUGAACUUCACUGCAACCCCUAUCGCUCAAGAUGAGUGGCUUCCUUGCCUCGCUGGACCCCCGGCGGGUGCAGUGGGGGGCUGCCUGGAAUGCAAUGCACUCCAGAAUCCUACGCACCAAACCAGUGGAGUCCAUGCUAGAGGGAACUGGGACCACCACAGCACAUGGAACCAAGCUAGCCCAGGUGCUCACCACAGUGGACCUCAUCUCUCUUGGCGUUGGCAGCUGUGUGGGCACUGGCAUGUACGUAGUCUCUGGCCUGGUGGCCAAGGAAAUGGCAGGACCUGGUGUCAUUGUGUCCUUCAUCAUUGCAGCCGUAGCAUCCAUAUUAUCAGGGGUCUGCUAUGCAGAGUUUGGAGUUCGAGUCCCCAAGACCACAGGAUCUGCCUACACCUACAGCUAUGUCACUGUCGGGGAAUUUGUGGCAUUUUUCAUUGGCUGGAACCUGAUCCUGGAGUACCUGAUUGGCACUGCGGCUGGAGCCAGUGCUCUGAGCAGCAUGUUUGACUCACUGGCCAACCACACUAUCAGCCGCUGGAUGGUAGACAGCGUGGGAACCCUCAAUGGCCUGGGGAAAGGUGAAGAAUCAUACCCAGACCUUCUGGCUCUGUUGAUCGCGGUCAUCGUGACCAUCAUUGUUGCUCUGGGGGUGAAGAAUUCCAUAGGCUUCAACAAUGUCCUCAACGUGCUGAACCUGGCAGUGUGGGUGUUCAUCAUGAUCGCAGGCCUCUUCUUUAUCAAUGGAAAAUACUGGGCGGAGGGCCAGUUCUUGCCCCACGGCUGGUCAGGGGUGCUGCAAGGAGCAGCAACAUGCUUCUAUGCUUUCAUUGGCUUUGACAUCAUCGCCACCACUGGAGAGGAAGCCAAGAAUCCCAACACGUCCAUCCCUUAUGCCAUCACCGCCUCCCUGGUCAUCUGCCUGACAGCCUAUGUGUCUGUGAGCAUGAUCUUAACUCUGAUGGUGCCAUAUUAUGCCAUUGACACAGAAUCCCCACUCAUGGAGAUGUUUGUGGCUCAUGGGUUCUAUGCUGCAAAAUUCGUAGUGGCCAUUGGGUCGGUUGCAGGACUGACAGUCAGCUUGCUGGGCUCCCUCUUCCCCAUGCCGAGGGUCAUUUAUGCCAUGGCUGGUGAUGGACUCCUUUUCAGGUUCCUGGCUCAUGUCAGCUCCUACACAGAGACGCCGGUGGUAGCCUGCAUCGUGUCGGGGUUCCUAGCAGCGCUCCUCGCUCUGUUGGUCAGCUUAAGAGACCUGAUAGAAAUGAUGUCCAUCGGCACGCUCCUGGCCUACACCCUGGUCUCUGUCUGUGUCUUGCUCCUUCGAUACCAACCCGAGAGUGACAUUGACGGUUUUGUCAAGUUCUUGUCUGAGGAGCACACCAAGAAGAAAGAGGGCAUUCUGGCUGACUGUGAGAAGGACGCUUGUUCUCCUGUGAGUGAAGGGGAUGAGUUUUCUGGCCCAGCCACCAAUACAUGUGGGGCCAAGAAUUUACCAUCCUUGGGAGACAAUGAGAUGCUCAUAGGGAAAUCAGACAAGUCAACCUACAACGUCAACCACCCCAAUUACGGCACCGUGGACAUGACCACAGGCAUAGAAGCUGAUGAAUCUGAAAAUAUUUAUCUCAUCAAGUUAAAGAAGCUGAUCGGGCCUCAUUAUUACACCAUGAGAAUCCGGCUGGGCCUUCCAGGCAAAAUGGACCGGCCCACAGCAGCGACAGGGCACACGGUGACCAUCUGCGUGCUCCUGCUCUUCAUCCUCAUGUUCAUCUUCUGCUCCUUCAUCAUCUUUGGUUCUGACUACAUCUCAGAGCAGAGCUGGUGGGCCAUCCUUCUGGUUGUUCUGAUGGUGUUGCUGAUCAGCACCCUGGUGUUUGUGAUCCUGCAGCAGCCAGAGAACCCCAAGAAGCUUCCCUACAUGGCCCCUUGCCUCCCCUUUGUGCCUGCCUUUGCCAUGCUGGUGAACAUCUAUCUCAUGCUAAAGCUCUCCACCAUCACAUGGAUCCGGUUUGCGGUCUGGUGCUUUGUGGGUCUGCUCAUUUAUUUUGGAUAUGGCAUCUGGAACAGCACCCUGGAAAUCAGCGCCCGAGAAGAGGCCCUGCACCAAAGCACUUACCAGCGCUACGACGUGGAUGACCCCUUCUCAGUGGAGGAGGGUUUCUCCUACGCCACAGAGGGCGAGAGCCAGGAGGACUGGGGCGGGCCCACCGAAGAUAAAGGCUUCUAUUACCAACAGAUGUCAGAUGCGAAGGCAAACGGCCGGACAAGAAGCAAAGCGAAGAGCAAAAGCAAACACAAACAGAACUCAGAAGUCCUGAUUGCAAAUGAUGAGUUAGAUUACUCUCCAGAGUAAGAGAAACACUCAAGUGGGUAGAAAUGGUGAUGAUUGAUUUUCAGUAACUUAACCUGUGGGCUAGAAGGUGAAAACUUUUUUGGCUCUCAUUUCACAAAUCCAGCCUUCCCCAAAUUCAAUCCCUAGUCAUAGCCUGUCAUUUGCUACUUUUGCUCUUCAGGAUAGUUCUGUUGAAGGGCUUAACCUGGGUCCCCUAACUGGACGCUUGUUAAAAAAAAAAAAAAUGCUAAACAAGAGGUUACAUGAAAUUUUAUCUUAGGUGCAACCAUCAGCGCUGAUGGUAGCAAAUGUUUCCUAGGCCUUUGCUUUGCUGGUUGAAUCUUUUUGCUUCUUAUUGAGAUCCCAAGAAGCAAGGAGCAAACUUCUUGGACCCCACUGAGGCUGCAGCUCCUCCUGGAGAUAUGCCCAAGCAGAGGCUGUGGGCAUAAGGCAGAAUUUCAAUCACCUGAGACAGGAGGACAAAGCUCUGUUCUUGGCAUGUCAGCCUGCACGCUGCUCCCUGAGGUCAGGGUGCGUAGGUGGACAUUGGCACUUCCUGAGCAAGCAACAUUUUAUCCUGCAAUCUCACCCAAAAUUAAUUCAUGGAGAAGACGUAUGCUUUUUUUUUUAUUAUUAUUCACCAACAUUCUCACAGCUUCCAAACUAUAAUUUUAGGAUCCAGCAAAGGUCAGGGACUCUGAGACCAUUUUCCCAAAGGUUUCAGAUUCACCAUAAAGCAGUCAUGCAGACCCAAUAAUAUGGUAAGAAGCACCAUCAAAGCUCUACUUAAAUGCUCAGAAGAAAAUUAAAUAACCAUCUCUUGCAGGGAAGGCCAGAGGGCAUUGGCAGAAAUUAACUCUCUGUCAUGGCUUCUCUGAUACCAGAUUCCAGCUCCUGGUGAUAUGAUGACAGAGGGCAAAGAUGGAGCAUGAUUUCAUGGUACUAAUAUGCCUUGAAGAAGUAGGUUGUUUGUUUUAUAAUCAGAUAAAAAUCUUUACAAGGAGAAGUGACCCAGCCACUGAGAUCACAUUGCAAAUUCUGUUUCAUAUUUCUUAAAUUAUAAAUUCUGUAGUUUUUUGAGAUAUGCAAUCAUUUGAUUGGUGAGUGCUACUCUGGAAACAAAACAUGUUGAAGUACAGCUGCCUAGGUAGUUGCAUUCCAUGAGAUCACAUUUCACUUCUGAACCUUAUUCCCUGGGGGUAGCUCACUUUCAAAGGUGUAUUUUUUUUCCUGUUAUUUCCCAGAUUCGUUUCACUUAAACCCAGAGAAAUACCUACCUGGUAAAAUGUAAAUUUUGAUCAUAAAAGGGGUUAUUAAAAGAAUUUUCUCAGAAACAGAAUAGAUGAGAGAAUUUGCAAAGAAAAAAAACCACAUGGGCUAUAAUAUAAAUUCUACUCUUGGAUUACAAGGAUUCCAUGGCUGCACUGAGAUGUGUACAAAUGUAUGUGAAGGCACAAUUCAAAUGAAGCUAUUCUAAAAUUAACCAAGCUAUAUUAAAAUUAAUCAAGCUAUUAAUAAAAUCUUCAUGAGAAUUUCCUGGAAGAGGGACAAAAGAAGAAAUUCCUUGCCCUUUCUCUCCUGGAUGUAUCAGUAUGCCAAAAGUUUUCCAGAACAUAAUUCGCUAACAUUCAAGUCUAUUCUUUCUUAAAGGCUGAGGCUUAUGCCAUCUUGGCAUGCUUUAGGAUUAUGGCAAGGACAUAAAAGUCCAUUUUUUCAUUCAACUAACGCUGGUUGAGAGUAUACCAAAUGCUAAGUGACAGGAAUGAAUGGAAGCAUGACAUCUGCCCUUGGGGACUACAGUCCAUGGAUGAACAGCACUGGAGCCUGGUAAAUGCAGAUAAAAUGACAAAUUUGACAAGUCUCCAGACUGAUGCACCGGGUUUUAACAUACAUAUAAAGAUCAAUUGAAACUAGUUUUUUAAAAAUAUGCUUUAAAUAAAUUACAUAUCAUCAUCAUAGCCAAUAUAUACCAUUCAACUAAAAUAACUGCAAUUUUCUAGACAUUUUUUAUUCUUCUGUAGUAAUUGUUUAGAACUCUGGUUUCCUGAGGUCAUUUUGUCAUUUUAAUGUCAUGCUUGACAAUGUUGUGUUUUCUCUUCCCUAGAGUUAACCAUAAAGACACAGUGCCUAGUUGUGAAAUACAUCAUUGGGAAUUAAUUAUAAACUAAUUAUCGGUCAUCUUUUGAAAACAAAGUUUUGAACUGGCUAUAGGACUCAACAAAUCUGCUUGGGUUAAAUACAAUCUGUUAAGCUUGAUACACAGAUAGAUGAGGUCUCUAUUCUCAUCAAAUAUGAGAAUUGAGAAAUAGGAGUGCAAAAUAGCAAGAUCUUAGCAUAGGUGAAAGAGCUUCCUUUUAGUAGUGAGGUUUAAGUUAUUAAAGUAACAGUAACCUGGUGGCAGAUGUAUGCAGUUUCUAUAGAAUGGGAAUGGAAAACACAUGCUUUGGUUAACACCAUUGGUAUUGAUCUUGUGCAGAUUCUAUGAACCACUCUCAUUUCAGGAGCCAGUUUUCCCAAAUGGUAUAUAUGUAUAUUUUAAGCUUAGCUCUCUUUAUUUUUCUCAAGUUGAUAGGUCACCUCCCUGACAACCUUAGUUUAA